CCCACCUUCUUUCGAUUAAGGCCGCAGCGCAGCACAGCACUCCCAGAAGUCGCCCAACUUCCGUCAGACUCACCCGGCGCGCCCCCAUCCGUGUUCCAUGCACAUUCAUCUCUGAUCGCGUUAACGCAAAUACCGCCGCGAUGCAAGGCUUCAACAUGGGCCGCUACGUCCCCCCGGACCUCGAGGGGACGAUAUCUGGCAACAAGCUCAACAAGAAGCACCCCCUUGGGUCGCGCGCAUCGAAACCCGGCGCCCUCACUGUGCGCUUCGAGAUGCCCUACGCAGUUUGGUGCACGACAUGUCCUAAGGAGACCAUUAUCGGCCAGGGCGUGCGCUUCAAUGCCUCCAAGACGCGCGUCGGGUCGUAUUACAGCACGCCCAUCUUCGCCUUCCGCAUCAAGCAUACCGCCUGUGGUGGAACCAUCGAGAUACGCACCGAUCCAAAGAACACCGCGUACGUUGUCACAGAAGGCGGACGCAAGAGGGAGGAUGGCGCAGAUCAGGUCAAAGACGGCGAUUGGGAGAUCAUGACGGAUGCCGAGAGGGAGAAACUCCGAGGGAAUGCUUUCGCGAAGCUCGAGAAGACGAUAGAGGACCGCGAACAGCUGACUGUGGCAAAGCAGCGCGUGGAAGAGCUUCAGGAGAACAACAAGACUUGGGACGACCCGUACGAAAUGAACACGAGACUCAGGAAGGAGUUCAGGGUCGGCCGACAUCAAAGAGAGAAAGAGGGACACGCCACAGAAGACCUGAAAGAUCGCAUGAGCCUGGGUAUCGAAUUGCUACCUGAAAAAGAGGAGGAUAAGAUACGUGCAGGUCUUGUGGACUUUGGCUCCAUACUCCGAGAAACCGGAGAAGAAGCGAUGGCGGCGCAGGGUUUGCACAAACCACUGUUCGAGAACACGAUUACAGCGGCCAAGACUGAUGCGUCAGACGGAAAGAAGAAGCUCAAGUCAGAAGUCAAGGCAGAGCAGACAAAGAGAGACUUGGUGUCCGAGCUUGUCAGCAAUACAAGGAUCUCGCAUGAUCCAUUCUUACACAUGGACAAGAGGUUAUCGACCACCAAGACUCCUGUCAGGAUACCGGGCAUCAAACGGAAGCGCGCCUCGAUUGACCAAGAUACGAGAGGCGACAAAACGACAGACAGGAUCACGGACACAGUCAACGCAUCCAUCGCGGCGGAAUCCAUAGGGUCGCAGCAGGCUCAUACAACCAACGCGGCAUUAGUGGCGUACGAAUCCGACUCGGAAUGAAUAUAUGGAUCUCAUCACACAGGCGGAUUGGCGUUUAUGAUUUUUUAAAGAUACCCCCAGCAUUGCGAUAUCAAGAGGAGGAACAUGACUUUAGUACGACAGAGGACACGUUAGGAUAGUAUUCGGGACAAAAGCUCAUCUGCGCAACCCCGCCAGCUCGAUACACUGUUUCUGGUAUUCCUACAUAGAAGUAUCAAAGGUUAGAUUUGUGGGAAAUUUUAUAGUGACUGUUUCCAGUUGCUCCCAAGGCUCGAGAUUUAGCACCGAUUCAGCGGGCAGCACUGAUCAAGUACCUCUAUCGAACACCCUGGACAUUCUUAUUCAUGUCCCUUUGAUCUAUUCACAAAGUAUUCUGCUAGCUCAACUCUUGCGCAGCGCAUUUUCAUCAGUUAUCUCCGCAC